CAGGUGCCGUCACACCAACAGCAAUCAACAAACGAAAACGAGAUCGUCGUCAAGAAAGACUUUACCCGCAAGUACAAGUUUCUGAAUCAUGAAGACUUUGUCUGUAGUUGUGCUUUUAGGCGUUGCCCUUCAGGCUAGCGCUGUCGGAUUCUUCGAUCGCGUUCAGAGUAAUCCGGAUUCAAAUCCCGCUCCACCAGUAAACCGACCUCCGCCCUUCACAAACUUUCCCCCAGUUACCAACCUUCCCCCAGUUACCGACCUUCCCCCAGUUACCAACCUUCCCCCAGUUACCAACCUUCCCCCAGUUACUGGAGGUUCUGUUGACCCAGGUACGGACUUCUUCUCAAUUGACGAGAGCGUGAGGAGAAUAGUAGCAUUCAAGGACAAGGUAGCUCCCCCUGAUACGGAUCUAUUUUCCAUCGAUGCGAAUCCGGAUGCUAAUGAAGACGUUGACAUUCUCCUGAUGACGGAUCGCAGUUACAGUGUCACACCGCAGGGAUUUGAACAAGCUAAAUGUGUCAUGCGGGAAUGGGCGCAUCUUUUCCAAGACGACAGCCGCAUACGAGCGCGAGUGGCGAUGCUAAGCUUUGCUCGAUUCCCAACUCUCGAUUCACCGCUCUAUUUCAAGACGUACUAUUCGCUAUCACAGGUCCUCGACGCCAUCGACAACCUUAAAUACUAUAGGACUAGCUCUGCUAACUAUUGCUCACUAAGACAGAACCCGUACAACCGCCGCGCACCCUGGGUCAGCUUAGACGGUUGUGCUACGUGCACAAACUACGCCUUAGAGGAAGCAUACAAAAUAUUCUUCGAAUAUGGAGAGUCUCGUCCCCACUCCACUAAGGCCAUCGUCGUAAUAACGGACGGAAAAUCUAACUGUCCAUCAUCCUCGUUCACCUGCAGAGCGGCCCGUCAAUUGCGAUCUAGCGGCGUUGACAUCUUUGUUCAGGCGGUUGGCCAAAAGGUAGAUGCUAGCGAGGUCAGGUGCAUGGCUACCGGGAACAACUACAAUCUUAACAAAGACUAUUCAGAAACCUGCAGCAUCACAUCCUUGGCAAGGGAGGUGGGAGCCAAACGAUAUGUUGCAUAAAAGAAAUGGGGUAACCGCGUAUGGCAUACUACAUGUGUUUCAUAUAAUGUACUCUCGUAUUUCAUGCAGAUUUGAAGAUCGCAUUCUAACUAUAAUCUUAUUAUGAGCUACAAUAAUUACUAUGCUCGAUAAUAAUAUAUUAUAUUAAGUUAUGUCAACUUACGUUGCAAUAUUUAUACUUAGGUAGUUGGUAUAUAAGAGAUAUAGAAAAAUGUAUGAUUAAAAGGAUAUUAUUUCGCACAAAAACAAAACAUUAAAAUGUGACAAACUGAACCUGCUUAUACACGAAGAAUAACGACAUGGUUACGUCAUGGUAAUUUUUCAUAGAUUCAAUCCAACGAUAUUACCAAAAUAAGGUAUCGUUGUUACAUACGUUACGCAAGCAGUAGUAGAAGAGGAGACCGAGUAACACGAGCAACGGGUAAACACAGCAGUGAAUCAACGUGCUACAAAAACAUAGCCCGGGUGUAAAAUAUCUAUGUAGUAAGCACAAAUUAUACUGUUGCAGUUAACCACUUAUACGCAGAUUCAAACGUUUGUUUUUGAUACGAAAAAAAACACAAAAAACUAGUGAGUAUAGACAUUAUACGAUUAGUCAACUCUAAAUUAUUAGUCGUCAGUUGUGAUAUACACGCGCGUAGAUGCGCAGUAUUAAAAUCAGAAUAGUUUCUGGUCAUUAAUUGAAGUGGUGCCCUGUCACUGAUAAUGACAAAGGGGUGACGGUUAUUUUAAUAUCAUGUACGCUCGAUUUUCAUCUAUGAUGAUCGUGCAUUGAAUGUCGUCUGUUUAUAUGUGCCAUUUGUAUUUUUCGGUUGAUGUAUCCAAUACAAUUUUCCUCAAUAAAAAUGUGUCAACAAGGCAAAACGUACGCUUUACAUAUA